AUGUCAUCGUUGACCAGCUCACCCAAUUUUUCGUUUCCAAACACGGCGAAACAAUCUGGCGAAACUGACUAUGUUUCAGACCAGUCCAACUCGUCCACGCCUCAGAAACACACAUCACGUCCAAUGCCGCUGAGCUCUUUGAACGAGAACUACAAGGCAAAUCUCCGCGAUCACAGAAAAUGCGCCAAUUCGGUCUCCUCGUUGGGUUCGGACUCAACGCUUGUUGAUAGCUCUGUUGACUCGUCGCACCACCCCGGCGCAAGAAACCCGUCAAUAGCAAGCACAGACACCCUCUACGAACCUCCACAACUCAUGUCCCUCAAGAUCAAAGAAGAGGAAGAGGAGGACGACGUUCCCGAAAAAUCCAAAUCUCAGGAACCCACUCCGGUGAAAGCAAAAUGCCAUCGCUCUACGAAAAGUGAAAUUUAUCAAAUGUCCCACCAGUCAACCGCUCAGCCCCGGUUUGCCCUGAAGGAGGUUCACAACAGUGCGGCCGACAGAACUGACGCCAAUCAAGUCGAAACACCACCUGGUCCAAGCAGCGCCCCAAAUCACAUUCCUUCGUCCCUUUCGCUGAAAAAAUACCUAACCAACACCGAUCCAGUCACACAGAGACCGAGCAGAUUUAAAGACAUCAAGUAUUCCCUACCACAAGGAUGCUCGUUGACUUCGUCCGAAGACGCCUUCAGACGCAUAGAGGACUGGAAGGGAGUCGUCAACGAAGACGGCUUACCCAACCUGCUGGUCGUGGACGUUAGACCGUUCCAAGACUAUUGCAAGUCCCACAUCACCGGCGCAGUCAACCUUUGCCUUCCCUCUACUUUACUGAAGAGAUCAACAUUCACAUUGGAUAGAUGCAUCGCUACGCUUACAUCGGACGAAAAAGCUCUGUUCACAAACUACCUCAAGAGAAGCCCGGAAAACCUACCGGUGCUGAUUUUUUACGAUAAUUCAACAGACUCCACCGAGUCUGCUUCGCUCUCAGUGAGCAAUCUGGCCGCUAAGUUUGCUAAAUCUGCAACCUGGAAUGCACCAAUUUAUGUUCUGGAAGGAGGCUUUUCAAAGUUCCAGGAAUUGUACCCCUCCUGCUUGGAGUCGGGUACUUCUGCCUCCAUGCCAAAAGUAAUGAUGAUACCAAAACAAGAUUUACUGUCUCCACCGCCAUCUGUUACCGUUUCUUUACCUUCGCCAUCAUCGUCCACAUCGUCCAACGCUUCUUCCGCGAAAAAACCGAGAUUUUUCAAAGACAAGUCUCCAGUGUCACAUGGCCUUUCGCACUUCUUACUCCCUGACAAUGCAAGCAAACCAACUUUCAAAUCAAGACAGCACGAAGAGUUCCUGACUACAAGACCCGAUUUCUCCAUGCAUCUUUCCACGAAUUUAAGCUCGCCCGAUAUCAAGAUGUUACCACCAUGGCUUAGUGGGGUCAUUGGCUCAGACUCCGGAGCUUCGGCAUUAUCCUUCAAGUUCAACAUGCUACAGUUACAAGAAGUCGAACGUCUUAACCGCGCAUUAUCAAGACAUUCGACGGUUGCAACCCCCAGCCCCGAAACCCCAAGUUUUUCCGCAGGGGUGGAGCUUGGACGGAAAAACAGAUAUAAGGAUAUCUUCCCUUACGAGCAUGCUAGAGUCAAGAUUCAGAAGUACGACGCUGAAGACGAGGACCUGGACCAAAACUCAAACUACAUUAACGCUUCCUAUUUGAGAUAUCCAGGUUCGCAGCUCAACUACAUUGCUUCGCAAGGUCCAUUGGAGGAAACCAUCGGAGAUUUCUGGAAAGUUGUCUAUGACCACAAGGUGCCUAUGAUUCUAUCGUUGACUGCUCAGAAGGAGAACGAGGUCGAGAAAUGUGCUCCGUAUUGGAUUCCAGGUACCUACUCGUCUAACGGAAUUUUCAUACACGUUGAGCAAUUGGAGGAGACCAACGACAUCAAGUUGACAGAAAACUCCAAUUGCGAGAACGUGGUUAGACGUUUGAGAUUGAAGAUCGGAAAGAAGCCUGUCCAUGAGGUUAUUCAGAUCCAGGUUCUGUCCUGGCCCGACUACGGAGCAAUGAUCAGCUCGUACGAUCUGAUUUCGCUUGUUGCUUUCAAGAGACACAUUCUGAUGCGCACGCAAACGGAAAAGGUUCCGAUCAUGGUGCACUGCUCUGCAGGAUGUGGCCGUACAGGAUGUUUCUGUGCGAUCGACGCCGUGAUCGACCAGAUAGUCAACCACCCGGAGACAAGCAACAACGACACAGAUAUGGUGUACGAGGUGAUUUCGAAUUUCAGAUCUCAAAGGGUCUCGAUGGUUCAGAAUCUCCGCCAGUACAUCUUGAUUUAUGACACAAUAUUGAUGUUCAAAAAAUUACAGUCCGGCACUCAUCAAGGCGACAAGUCGUUCGUUUACGAUUGGGAUACUGACAAGUACCACAUUCUCAACGAGUUUUUCGCCGACAAAGAUGGUGAAGGCCUGGAUCAUACAUAG